UUAAGCGGCUAGCAGAACCCCUCAAGUCUGACAUUAUUGUAAAGAAAAAUUCUUCAGUUCCGUUUGCUCAGAACUCCAGAAAGAAAGUUUAGCAGAGACAGAUGAGGAUGAAGAUAGAAGUCGAAGUAAUCUCCCAAGAUACCAUAAAACCUUCAUCUCCCACCCCUCCCCAUCUCCGCCGUCACCAGCUCUCCUUUCUCGACCAGUUGGCUCCCCACACCUACAUCUCUUUCCUCUACUUCUACUCCCUCCCCAACACCCACAACCACACUCAAAUCUCCACCCACCUCAAGACGUCUCUCUCCAAAACCCUGACCCAGUACUACCCACUAGCCGGCCGAGUCAAGUUCAACCUCUUUGUGGAUUGCAACGACCAUGGAAUCCCCUUCUACCAAGCUCGAGUCAAAUCCCACUCCCUCUCUGAUGCCAUCACCAAUCCCUCCCUCUCCGAAUUGACCAACUUGUUGCCUUUCAAGCCCGACGAGGUCACAGAUAUAGCUCUCGGAGUUCAACUCAAUCUGUUUCCGUGUGGAGGAAUUGCUAUUGGGUUGUGCAUUUCGCAUCGAGUUGCAGAUGCCUUGUCUUAUUUCACGUUUGUUAGGAACUGGGCAUCAACUGCUGCUUGUGGAAAUGCCUUUGUGGAUGUGGAAUUCUCGGCAGCUUCUAUUUUCCCUCCAAAGAAUAUGGAUGGGUAUAACGGCGUUCCUAUUCCGAAAAAGAAUGACAUUGUGAGCAAGAGGUUUGUGUUUGAUGGGUCGAAGAUCGAAGCUUUACGAGCAAAGUAUGCGGAGAGCAUCAGACUGAAGACCAAGAAACCGCCGUCUCGCGUUGAGGCAUUGUCUGCAUUCUUGUGGAACAGGUUUUUGGCCGCGGCUAGAAAAGAAGAAGAAUCAAGAAGUUUGAGAAGGCUGUACACGGUUGUGUAUGUUAUGGAUCUUCGUUCGAGGUUCAACCCACCUCUGCCGCAGAAUAGAUUUGGGAACUAUUACCGGGCAGCCACUGCAACUCCAAUAUUGGUUGAUGGGGAGGAGAUUGGCGGUCUUGUGAGGCAGGUGAUUGAGGAAAUAGAGAACAUUGACAAUAAGUAUAUGAGGAAAUUUCAAGAGGGCUAUAAGGAACAUUUUGAUUUCCUGAGGAGAAGGAUGGAAAGGGCUGCAAAAGGAGAGCUGGUUACACUAACGUUUUCGAGUGUUCGCAGGUUUCCAAUUUAUGAGGCUGAUUUUGGUUUGGGGAAGCCCGCAUGGGUGAACAUGGCUUCCAUGAGAAUCAGCAACCAGAUAAUUUUCAUGGACACCAAAAUGGGUGAUGGAAUAGAGUCAUAUUUUAACUUCAAGGAGGAAGACAUAGCCAAGUUCGAGCUUGAUUCAGAGUUCCUCGAGUUGAUUUCUCCAAUUGGUAAUGUCAAGCAAAAUCCAUUUGCACACCUUUAAAUCUGAGUUGAAUCAUCAAUGAUAUUUCUUGUGUAGCAAUUUGAUCACAUAUGCAUUACUCUUGCCAUAUAAUUCAGAUGUAUAAAAUGUUACAAUAUCUGUGGCUUAAUAAGAUGAGAUGCUAUAGAUCAUUGAAAUA